AUGGAAGUCGCUCCCUCCUGGCCACUCAACGCCGUUAGCUCAAGUGAUCAAUUUCAAACGAUUCAGAAUGACUUUGACCCCCACCUGCGACACGGCUUGGCUGACACAUCCGAGUUUGCCCUGAAUCCGUCUCCUCACGAUUUUGAGGAGGAUGGUAUUGCUUGGGGAAACUUCGAUGUCGGCGACCUCGACUGGAAUCUCCUUGGAUCUUUCCCAAUUGAUAGCGCAGAGUAUCACCCUGCUCUCCCAGACAACCCCGAAGCAGCGAGAGUGCCGCCGGUAGGAGCAGUCACUCGGACACAUUCAACGGCCACGGUGGUCGAACGCUCAUGGUAUACAAAACUCGAGACAAGCAAUGCCACGCGGGCGAAUUCAUCCGAGAACAGCAACCCCUCAGGCCCUGCCAGCCCUGGGAACGAAGGAGCUCCACGUACUGAAAUGAGUGAAGAGUAUCGCCAGGGCCUAUCAAGCAGACUUCGUCCGAGAUGGCCAGAAGAACCGCUGCCAUCGAUUGAGUUCCUGAAAAUGUGCAUCCAGAUGUAUUUCACCCGAGCGAAUCCGGCACUACCCAUCCUCCACGCUCCUACAUUCCGUCCAACGACCGAAAAUGGCGGCCUAUUGCUCUCAAUCUGCUCUAUCGGUUGUCUUUUCCUGGGCACGUCGGAAUCGGCUCAUUACGGGUCGCUGCUCUUUGAGAGGCUUCUACGCGCCAUGAUGGCGUCGUGGGACUCGAUUCAGACACGCCAUAAAGAAGAGACCGUGCCCAUGGUCCAGUUGGCACUUCUUGGACAGACCUUUGGCAUAUUAUCCGGAAAGCCUCGCCACCUUGCCAUAGUUUCGGCCUUUCACGGGACAGUCAUCUCGUGGGCCAGAAGGGCAGACAUGUUCAAAAUUGAGAACGAUAAGCCUGAUAUCCGAGGUCUCUCGGGCUCUCAAUUGAUGGAAGCAUGGAGGAAAUGGGCACGUAAAGAAGAAAUGAAGCGUACUGCUUUGGCCAUUUUUAUCCACGACGCGGAAAUCACGGCUCUAUUCCAUCAUGAGCCUUUUCUCCGGCAUCGAGGAAAUUGUAUCCCUCUAGCUUGCCACUCGGACGCUUUCCUCGCAACCAAUGUACACAACUGGGCACGCUUGAUUCGUAAUGAUCCUUCCACGACUUCAAACAGCUUCAUCUGCGACCACGCUGGCGCCGCGCGCCCUCCGCUCCUAAGAAAUCACAUCGCUGCCGCAAGUUGUUGCCACAGCGUCUUUACCGCCUACGCCGUCCUUCAGGGGAUUGGUGCUUCCAUUAGCGAAGACAGGAUCGGCAACCAACAUGACGAGAUCUCGAGAGCAGAGCACCAAGCCGACCUGAUUGUGUGGUAUCAGAUCUACGGGGUGGCAAUCAAAGCCGAGAAUGAUACGCUGCUCCUCAUGGCGCUGUGGUACUGGACAUGCAUGUCAAAUUUUGUCGAUCUCCAUCGCCUGGAGCUAGCGGUCGGAAAGCAAGGUCCCAUGGAAGCUGCAUCGCACACCUCUUACGUACACGGGUGGACAAGGUCAGUCGAAGCCAGGAGAUGUCUGAUGCAUGCCUUCCUUCUACAAAAGAACUUGGAAGAGCUCUCCUCGAGGCGGGUGGUUGCCAUUCACGUCCCGAGAGCGUUGUUCUCGGCGGCCAUCGUAUGGGCGACAUUUCUCAACUCGUUGUCAGUUUUUCCGCCCGACCCAGCCCCCGACGGUGCCCUAGAUUUCCCAGAGCUCAAGCUACUGGGCAUUAAUUUUGCUCACCAGUGGCAAGACGUAAUGGGUUUUCGGAAAGGUAACCUCUCUGCUAUCAAAGCGUCGACCUUGUGUACGCUGGCCGACACACUCAAGCAGAUUGGAUAUUGGGAGAUCUCGCGCAAGUUUAGCAGUAUACUUGCCCUGUUGAUCCACGGAGGAACCGACGAUGAUAUGGUACGAGGGUGA